CGGUGUGCAGGCCUUUCCGGCCCGGGUGGAACUCCUACCCCGCUUUCCUCGGCUAGGUUCCUCCGUGUGCCAUGGCUCCCGACUCAGGCCCCCUGCCCGAAGGGCCUACCUUAAAGCUCCUACCGGUAGACAUUCGGGACCGGGGUACCCAGCGUUGUCGCCUGGGCCCGGCAGCCUUCCGUGCCCUGGGCGCGCACUUGGGCUCGGUGGUGAAGAUCUCGCUGCCGGACGGCGGCUCCUGCCUUUGCACCGCCUGGCCGCGGCGGGACGGAGCGGACGGGUUUGUGCAGCUGGAUCCGCAGUGCGCGAGCCAGGGAUCGGCGGCCGGAACGCCGGGGUCCCGGGAGAGCCUCAGCCUGAGCCACAUCCGCCUGGUGUCCUGCCCGCCCCUCCGGCGCCUCAUCGUGUGGCCGGAGUUGCGGGAGCGGGUGGGCGCGCCCUGGGUCCCGGAUCCAGUCGCGGUGCUGGAGGCGGCGCACGAGCUGCUGAGGAACCGGCCAGUCUCCCGGGGCCACGUGGUGGCCGCUCCGCCCGGCGUCCCGGGCCCGGUGGCCGCCCUUCACAUCGUCAGCGGGGUGCCCAUCCCAGACCCGGCCGGGUUGGUCACCCCUCACACCCUCAUCAGUCUCAGCGGGGUGCCUCCGUCGGAAACGCACCCGCAGCCCGAGGUGCCCCUGGGGGGCCUUUCGGAGGCGGCCGACUCGCUGCGAGAGCUGCUCCGCCUGCCGCUCCGCUACCCCUGCACCUUGGCCGCACUGGGGCUAGCAGUGCCCCGCGGGGUGCUCCUGGCGGGCCCCCCGGGAGUGGGCAAGACCCAGCUAGUGCGGGCCGUGGUCCGGGAGACGGGCGCGGAGUUGCUGGCGGUGAGCGCCCCGGCGCUGCAGGGCGCCCGGCCCGGGGAGACGGAGGAGAACGUGCGGCGGGUCUUCCAGCGCGCCCAGGAGCUGGCCCGCCGCGGGCCCACCCUCCUCUUCCUGGACGAGGUGGACGCGCUGUGCCCCCGGCGGGGCGACGCACACCAAGCCCCCGAGGGCCGCGUGGUGGCCCAGGUGUUGACGCUGCUAGACGGCAUCAGUGGGGACCGCGAGAUGGUGGUGGUGGGAGCCACCAACCGGCCAGAUGCCCUGGACCCCGCGCUGCGCAGACCUGGGAGGUUUGACCGAGAGGUUGUCAUCGGGACUCCCACACUUAAACAAAGAAAGGCAAUUCUACAGGUGAUUACUUCAAAGAUGCCCAUCUCUAGUCAAGUCGAUUUGAGCCUCCUUGCAGAAAUGACAGUUGGCUAUGUUGGCGCAGACCUGACCGCACUCUGUAGGGAUGCUGCCCUACAUGCUUUGCUUCAUAGUGAGAAGAACCAGGACAGUCCGAUGAUUGAUGAAACAGACUUCUUUGAAGCUUUUAAAAAGAUUCAACCUUCAUCGUUUCGAAGUGUCAUUGGACUGAUGGACAUCAAGCCUGUUAGCUGGGAACAGAUUGGUGGCCUUGAAGAUGUAAAACUGAAGUUAAAACAGAGCAUUGAAUGGCCUCUGAAAUACCCUCGUGAAUUUGUUAGGAUGGGCCUGACCCAGCCCAAGGGAGUUCUCCUGUACGGCCCCCCUGGAUGUGCUAAGACCACCCUCGUGAGGGCCCUGGCUACCAGCUGUCAUUGCUCCUUUGUGUCAGUGAGCGGAGCUGAUCUCUUUUCACCUUUUGUUGGAGAUUCAGAAAAACUCUUGUCUCAGGUGUUUCGACAAGCAAGAGCAAACACUCCAGCAAUUGUGUUUUUGGAUGAAAUUGAUUCAAUUUUGGGUUCUCGAUCAGUCAGCAAAACAGGAUGUAAUGUUCAAGAGCGUGUUCUUUCUGUUCUCCUGAAUGAAUUAGAUGGUGUUGGACUGAAAACUAUCGAGAGAAGAGGAAGUAAAUCAGAUCAACAGGGUAAAUACAAGGAGCUGAAAAAAAAUGAAGAGGUAGAGUUUGAAGAAGUUUUUAAUCGAAAUGUCAUGAUUGUUGCGGCAACAAAUAGACCUGAUGUGUUAGAUGAUGCCUUGUUACGGCCUGGAAGGUUAGAUAAGAUGAUUUAUAUUCCACCUCCAGAUGAAAAGGUAAUCAUUGUACACACUUGCUCUGUGGGAACAUUCUUAACAACACAUCAGUGUCUGAACCCUGAGGAGACUGGCAGAAUUGAAUCCCAAACAGGAUGUGGGUGUACAUGGCUUUCUAUUUUAAAAGUCUGUACAAAAAACAUGCCAGUGGGGCCUGAUGUUUCUUUAGAAAACUUAGCAGCAGAAACCUGUUUUUUCUCUGGAGCUGAUCUUGGAAACCUCUGCAAAGAAGCUGCCUUGCUGGCUCUGCAAGAAGAUGGACUAGAAGCAACCACAGUGAAACAGGAGCACUUUCUAAAAUCACUUAAGACUGUAAAACCAUCCUUAAGUCACAAAGAUUUGACUUUAUAUAAAAACUUAUUUCAGAAACAAGAAUUUUCUAAUUCUAACUUAGAAGAUAUUUAAAAAUUACAUACCUGCUCAAGGAUUAAUUGAAAUGUGAACUUGCACUAUAGUUUGCAAUUUCACUUUUAGGGUUUGUAUAUAUGAUAUUUCCUGUAAAUAAAAAAACCAAUCUUGUGCCUGAUAAGCUAAGAUUCAUCUUAGUUCUAAAAGGUGUAUUAAAAUACCAUAAUUUAGAAAGAAAGUAUAUGUAUUGUGUUGAUUUUGUAUUGGGGUGGUUGUUUUUGUUUGGGUUUAGGUUGAUUGCUUUUUUAACUUGAUUUUGAAAUAAUUUCAUACUUACAGAAAAGGUGCAAGGAUAUUCUUAAUCCAUAUUCACCAUUUUUUAACAUUUUACUAUAUGCUGAACAGACAUACCUCAUUUUUAUUGCACCUCACUUUAUUAUGCUCCCAAGAUGUUGCAUUUUUUACAAAUUGAAGGCAAGAUCCUCCACCAGGAAAAAGAUUUACAAUUCAUUUUAUUGUGAUACUUUAUUGCAGUGGUCUGGAACCGAAUCUGAAGUAUAU